AAUUUUAAGUUAAACGUCAUGUUAGAAUAAGUAUAUUUUAAGAUGAGCAGUCCAGAGAUUAUGUUUUAUAUUUAAUGUUGAUUAAAUAUAUUAAAAAGGGAAAAAUAUAAAAACAUAUCUUUUUCAGAAGUUAAUACAUAAAAUGUUGGGGCUGCGAUUAACGUGCUGCGCAUGCGUGCAAAAUGCGGGCUGCGCAUGCGUGCAAAAUGCUGCGCAACCAACCCUGGAUGAUUUACAGGUUGGGACAUGCCAAUUGUGACUUUAGGCUCGAUACAAGUAAGACUUAUGUGCUUGAAAUCUUGUCGAACAGAUGCAGUGCUGCCUCACGAAGAUUUUAUAUUCAUCACUAUGUAAUGCUUUGUAAAGUUUCAUCCAAUCGUAACGUGUGAAGGCGGGACUUUCAUAGACCUUACGUUUCAAACGUUACGUCAACAUGUCGGGGAUUGCGGUCACAAGAGUUUUACCUCAUUCAAGCAGAAUUUUGCCAUUUCUACAACCCAUUAUCACCAAGAGUGUGAACAUAAGAAGACCCUUUACUGCCGAGCCGCAAGGCCAGAUGAAACCGCUAGAUGGCGUCAAAGUCUUAGAUCUGACAAGAGUGCUGGCGGGACCUUUUGCUACUAUGAUAUUAGGAGAUUUGGGGGCAGAGGUGAUAAAAGUUGAACGUCCAGGUUCAGGAGAUGACACGAGAGCGUGGGGACCUCCGUUUGUGGGUGAAGAGAGUGCUUAUUUUCUGAGUGUCAACAGAAAUAAAAAGAGCAUUGCUGUUAAUCUUAAAGAUCCAAAUGGGGCCAAGCUUGUAACCGAGCUUGCCAAAGUGUGUGAUAUUCUGGUGGAGAAUUACUUGCCUGGGAAACUAAAUGAAAUGGGACUUGGGUACGAGGAUUUGAGAGAAGUGGCCCCUCAGCUGAUCUAUUGCUCCAUCUCAGGAUAUGGACAGACGGGCCCCGAGUCGCACAAGCCUGGCUAUGACUCCAUUGCGUCUGCAGUGUCGGGUAUGAUGCAUAUUACCGGUCCGGAGGAUGGAGACCCGGUCAGGCCAGGUUUGGCUAUGACUGAUCUGGCCACUGGUUUGUACACUCAUGGAGCCGUCAUGGCUGCUUUGCUCCAGAGACAGAGAACAGGACGAGGACUUCACAUUGACUGCAAUCUGCUGUCAUCACAGGUUGCUUGUCUCACUCACAUUGCUGCUAACUACCUAAAUGCUGGUAAAGAGGCCAGACGAUGGGGAACCGCACAUGAGAGCAUUGUGCCUUACCAGAUAUUUAAGGAUGGCAUAUCGAAGGUCCGAGCUCGUGCUGUUGAAUGGAGGCGGGGACUAAUUUGCAUAUUCACGAUUCUGCAUAUACUAAACGAAGGUUUCAAGACCAAAGAUGGAUUUAUGAUCGUGGCAGCUGGAAAUAACCAACAAUUCAUGAAAGUGUGCAAAGUUUUGAGUUUGAACGACCUUGCAGACAGCCCGAAAUACAAAAGCAACACAUUAAGAGUUGAGCAUCGCAAAGAGCUGCUACAGAUUCUCUCUGAGAGGUUCAUGGAGGAGACGACGAGGGAGUGGCUGAGGCGCUUCGAAGGGACAGGAGUCCCCUGUGGGUCUAUCAAUAACAUUCAGCAGGUGUUCAGUAGCUCUCAGGUUGCACACAAUGGCCUCAUUUUGGAAGUGGACCACCCAACAUCAGGAAGGAUAGCUGUGCCAGGCCCUGCGGUGCGGUUCAGUAGUUUUGAAUACAGCCAGGCGAUGCCUCCCCCUGUUAUUGGACAGCACACGGUCCAGGUUCUCAGAGGCACUCUUGGAUACAGCGACGAUGUCAUAAACCAACUUCUUGCCUCGCGGACUGUGACACAGAACGAUGUACAAUAACCUCGAGCAGACCAGGAAAGCUCCACAGGCUAUGAUAAAUACUUCUGAAGAAUCCUCCAGUCAUCAGCCAGCCGCUCAUUAAAGAAAAAUGAUUCCCUUUCGACUCAGCGGUGAUAAUUUUGUGAUUAAUUUGAUGAAUGUCCACAAGAGAGGAAACUGCAAAUGCAAAAAUAAUGACAUAAUGACACAGUUCACACACGAGAGUGUGCCCUGCCAAAUGACGUGCGUUUCAACGUCAUCUGGAUUUUAAGUAAGCACACAAAUGAUUUCACUCAGAGUGAUGGAUAACCGCUUACAUUUUGUGAUCAGAGACUCAAUAACAUCACUGUAUUUUUAUAUUCAAUAAAAUCACAGUAUGUCUUUUCUUUAAGAA